AUGGCAGCACCCGUGGAAGAAUCCCUCGCUUGCUCCCUCCACCUCUUAACUCCUCACUAUCACAACCUGAAGCCAUCCCGCUCGUCCGGAAUUCUGCUGCAGACCGGGAACAGCAUUGGUGCAAGUGUGGGAGCGGCGACGGAGUCGUCGAGUGAGGAGCUGAUGGCCGGGCCGCCCCCGCCGCAACAUCAGCAGCAUCAGUUCAUCGUGUCGAGGAAGAGGAUCAGGACUAAAUUCACGGCUGAGCAGCGGGAGGGGAUGCUGGCCUUCGCGGAGCAGGACGGCGCGGCGGUGGAGCAAUUCUGCUGCGAGGUUGGCGUCCGCAGGAAAGUGUUCAUAACAACAAGAUGA